ACCAUGGCAGCCAGCAUUGUAAAUAAAGAUAUGUGCAGUGUCUGUGGAUCCUUUCCCCUUUAAUGUAUUUGUCAUGUCAGCCAGGCCCAUCUUUUCAAAGUAACACAAUUUAUUUCAGUCUCUAGUUGAGAAAAUGAAGGAGUCUAUUGAUUCAGUCCUUGUUUCGUUUUCACUUAUGGUUACCUGGUAAAUAACCAAGAACCAUGGAAACCAGACGAUCCCAAUAAUUUAGGUAGCCUAGUAAAUGAUGCGCCUCUGGUAUGUUCUAUUGGGAACUGUCCGGGAGUCGUUUCCCUGUUUACUACUCAAAUAUAUUUUACUUCAUAAGUCUAAAACGAAAUGAACUGCAAUACGCUGGUCUGAAAUAUAUUAGCAUAACCAUGCUACACAGAACAAAAGCGGACCCAUUGUAAAUUGAGUGUUUUUUUGUAUUAAAACGUAUCCCAGUGCAACAUGCCUAGCUCUAACCACUGGGGCGUGGCUUACGGAGCACACUGAAAUGAGCGUUCGUAACGCCGUAUUCAAACUGAUCGAGUUAUCUCACCACGCCGGCAGUGUCUGGGCGCGUUAUCGCCACAAAAGAACCAAACGCCUGGGACAAGUUGUACAACUGACUAGGUAUCCCCCUUUCCUCUUCCUUUCCCUUCCUCCCCACUCCUCUCCUCUAGAUGGGUCUGGUACAGUGGUUGAAGGGCCAGCUCUUGUGUCAUCUGGUCAUCUGCUAUGGGUUCUUUGUCAGCGGUCUCCUGAUCAACCUAUUACAGAUCUGCACUCUGCCCCUCUGGCCAAUCAACAAGCAGCUGGCCAGGAGGAUCAACUGUAAACUGGGAUACUCCCUCACCAGCCAGUCUGUGGCUCUCUUAGAGUGGUGGUCUGGCACUGAAGUCACGCUCUACACAGACCCAGAGAAUUACCGACUCUACGGCAAAGAGAAUGCCAUCGUCGUCCUCAACCACAACUUUGAAAUAGACUUUCUGUGUGGCUGGACCUUCUGUGACCGAUUCGGGGUCCUUGGGGCCUCCAAAUGUUUAGCCAAGAAAGAGUUGUCGUACCUGCCUGUGAUUGGCUGGAUGUGGUACUUCCUGGAGAUGGUGUUUAUUAAGAGGAAGUGGGAGGAAGAUAAGAGGAACUUUGUCCAGAGUCUUCAGAACCUACGGGAUUACCCUGAGAACUUCUGGGUGAGCCAUCAAUCAACCAGCCAACUAUUCUUGCUCCACUGUGAGGGAACACGCUUCACAGAGGAGAAGCAUCGGGUCAGUAUGGAGGUGGCAGAGAAGAAAAGCCUGCCCAAACUCAAACACCACCUCCUGCCCAGGACUAAGGGUUUCUGGGUAGCCGUCCAGAACCUCAGGGGGACAGUUGCUGCGGUGUACUGUUGUACAUUAAAUUUCAGAAACAAUGAAACUCCAACCUUGUUGGGGGUUCUCAAUGGGGAAAAGUAUCAUCCAGAUUUAUAUGUAAGGAGAAUUCCACUGGAGUCCAUACCAGAGGAUGAGGCUGAGUGUUCUGCCUGGCUUCAUAAACUCUACCAGGAGAAGGACAAGUUCCAGGAGGACUACAGCCAGACAGGUUGUUUCCCAGGCCCCAAAGUUACCCCGCCAUGCAGGCCCUGGGCCCUGAUCAACUGGCUGGGCUGGACCUGCCUUCUCCUAUACCCCCUCUGCCUCCUCUUGGUCCAGCUGGUCAACUCUGGGUCUAUUCUCAGCAUCCUGGCCACAGUGGCUUUCUGCGCUGCAGUGUCAGUUGGUGUGCGCUGGAUGAUUGGACAGACUGAGAUUAAGAGAAGCUCCAGCUAUGGCGUCCCACUGAACAACAAAUGAGGGGAUGACCUUUUUAACACUUCAACUAAGUUCAAUUUACAAUUGCAAGAUUUCUUGCCAGCACCAGAGCAUCACUCACAUUACUAAUCUGAUAACUACAGCACAGUUCACCUCAAAAUUCAUUCCAAGAAAUACUUGGUAACUGGUCAGGGAUAACAUUGAAGUCAAUUCAAGCAGGACAAGACUGGGUUGACUGGUGCUUAAGUCUUUUGAGGGCACACCGGUCUGCUAAUGGCAGUCUAAUGUGGCCGUAUUCAUCUUGUCGAUACAUGGGAAUGUACUGAACCUAUACAAAGCACAGAUACGUUCAGGGCAUGCAUCCAGCAUCUUUGUUGUUCAAGAUGUAUGACUAAAAUUGGCACUGUUGUGACUUUGUUAAAUGCACUUUUAUUAGUUGUGAAUGGACUCAAUUGACAUGCAUCACAUUUUUUCUGUAAUAAAAUAAAGACCAAAGAAAGAAAGCUGUAAAACACA